AUGUCCCUGGUGAUCCUGAAUUCGGGAUCCCUUUACAGCACAUAUAUUUCGACGGUAGAUCAUCUACCCUGUGAUAUCGUUCGAUCGUUAUGGCUAGUCCAGUCUUGUAAUGUGGCUGUUCAAAAAGAGGAGGAGAAGUUGAAUCAACUAUUCGCAAAGCAUGGGAACGAAACGCAGAGAGUCAGUGCUGGGCAAUAUUACCAGCUGAGAAAAAGAAUAAUCAGUUUAUCUGAAGAGGCCGCCGAGGAAAUGAACGCCUUGCAUCUCCAACUACGGUCUCACGAAGGUAUGCUCAAAGAUGAGAUUUUGCAACUCGAGAAGGUCGCCGAGGCACCUGCUACUAAAGAUGACUCUAGUGCCGAGUCACUACGAAAGCAGCUUGAAGAACAUUACAAAAAUCACCCCCUUCCUUCUCAAACGGAGGCUUUGCGAAAAGAGAAGAAGAGGCUGGAAUCUUCAGGAAUCAAGCUCAUUCUCAAGCUUUCAAAACACGAUGAGCGACGAGUUAUACGAAAGAGGGGGAGGCCCCGGAAAGAUGAAAGUCCAAGUCUACGAGGUAUCUCAGACGUAACUGCUGAUGCCAAGGUCCCGUCAAGGCCGUCGAGGCUUAACAUUAAACAACCUAAACCCAGACUCAAAAGGCUUAUCCCGCAGCCUGAGCCAGAGCCAGAACCCGAGGCAGCAUUUGAGCCCGCAGCAGAACCCGAGGAGACCUACUGUUUCUGUAAACAGCCGUCUUUCGGAGAUAUGAUAGCCUGUGACAAUGAGAAGUGUCCAAACGGUGAGUGGUUUCACUACAAAUGUGUCGGUCUUCUCAACCGUGUCGAGGCGCUCAAGUAUACAACACAGAAAUGGUACUGUUCUGACGAUUGCCGGCAAAAGGUGCAGGCCAUUUCCGAAAGGAAGAGGAAGAACAAGAAGAAACGGAAGAAUUGGUGA